AUGAGCACCCCCAUCGAGACUCCACCGUUGACCACAAACCACAGCUUGACUUCCUUACAGAGUCUUGAUUCCACAACUAGUGAGUCCAGCGAGGCAAAGAUGACUUCUAAAGGAAAUAUAUUACCGAAUCCUUUGAACUCGAGUAUGAACAGCAACAACAACCACUUAGAUGAUCCACUGGAUACUCCAACCACAGCCACAACCAUUAACAGUGGAUCAACUACCCAUUCAAAGCCGUCUCUUCAAAUAUCUACUUCAUCCCAUCUCAGCGCUGAUCCUCAGCAUGACUCUCAUAUCCGUGUACCCUUAUCCAACGUGAGGUCACGGUCUCGCUCGCCCUCACCCUCCACGCUUGUCCAAAACCAUGAAUUACAGUAUGAAAAUUUGGAAGACUUGAAAGCAGAAGACUGGCAACAAGUUGCCAGGUCAAACCAGAUAGUGGAGUUAAACAAACUAGGAGAGGGGAACGGUGGUAGUGUUUCCAAGUGUAAGCUUAAGGGAUGUAGUAAAAUCUUUGCCUUGAAGUUGAUAAAUGCUGAUCCCAACCCGGAAAUACAAAAACAGAUAAUAAGAGAAUUGCAAUAUAACCGAUCGUGCGACAGUAGAUAUAUUGUCAAGUAUUACGGUACGUUUCUUAUGGAGAAACAACUGAUGAUAGGGAUAGCUAUGGAGUUCAUGGGCGGGAGGUCGUUGGAUUCCAUUUACAACAGAGUCAUUGAAUUGGACCCUGCCAACAGAAUAAACGAAAAGGUUUUAGGAAAGAUAUCUGAGUCCGUAUUAAAGGGGCUAGAUUAUUUACAUCAACAAAAAAUAAUUCAUAGAGACAUUAAGCCUCAAAACAUAUUGUUGGACUCUGAAGGCCAUGUCAAGUUGUGUGACUUCGGAGUCAGUGGAGAAGUAGUCAACUCGUUGGCGACAACGUUUGUUGGUACUCAAUAUUAUAUGGCGCCCGAGAGAAUCAUGGGAAAGCCAUACACUGUUACAUCAGAUGUUUGGUCGCUUGGUUUGACAUUGUUGGAAGUAGCCACUUGCAAAUUCCCAUUUAAUACACAAGGAGAGGAGGAAUUGAGCACAAUGGGGCCCAUUGAAUUAUUGAGUUUGAUUUUAGAGUACGAACCAGAAUUGAGAGAUGUGCCAGAGGAGGGCAUACAUUGGUCAGCGGCCUUCAAGAGUUUCAUAAAGUACUGCUUGAAGAAGAAGCCACAGGACAGGCCAGGGCCAGAUCAGAUGUUGUCACAUCCCUGGAGCAUAGCUCAGCUGAAGGUAAAUGUGAAGAUGGAUAGAUUUGUAAAGAGGUUAUGGGAAGAAUAG